UCCUCUGCAAGGCAGCCCAGAAGUCUGAGCCGACGCGCAAGAUGGUGGGCACGUCCCUUGCUGUCUUGCGAGCGGGCGGGUGGUGCCGACUGGGCCUGAAGAGGUGGGCGCGGAUGUCCGGGUCUCCCCAGCUCGGGCCGCCCGGCCGGAUCACUCGGGCCUGUGAGCUGACGAACGCGACGCUGAGCGUGGAUCCCGCGGGCCCCCGCGGCUGGGACGAGCCCGUGCGCAUCGCCGUGCGCGGCCUGGCCCCCGGGCAGCCCGUCACGCUGCGCGCGUCCCUGCGCGACGAGAAGGGCGCGCGCUUCCGCGCCCACGCGCGCUACCGCGCCGACGCCGGCGGCGAGCUGGACCUGGCGCGCGCGCCCGCGCUGGGCGGCAGCUUCGCGGGGCUCGAGCCCAUGGGGCUGCUCUGGGCGCUGGAGGCCGAGCGGCCCUCGUGGCGCCUGCUCAAGCGGGACGUGCGCACGCCCUUCGCCGUGGAGCUGGAGGCGCUGGACGGCCACGAGCCCGACGCCGGGCGGCCGCUGGCGCGCGCGGUGCUCGAGCGUCGCUUCCUGCCGCCCGGGGUGCGGCGGGUGCCGGUGCGCGCGGGCCGGGUGCGCGCCACGCUCUUCCUGCCGCCAGAACCUGGGCCCUUUCCUGGGAUCGUGGACCUUUUUGGAGUUGGAGGUGGUCUUCUGGAGUAUCGGGCUAGUCUGCUGGCUGGAAAGGGCUUCGCUGUGCUGGCUCUGGCUUAUUACAACUAUGACGACCUCCCCAAGACCGUGGAGGCUGUGCACCUGGAGUACUUUGAAGAAGCUGUGAGCUACCUGCUCAACCACCCUGAGGUAAAAGGCCCAGGAAUUGGGGUGCUUGGCAUUUCCAAAGGAGGAGAAAUGGCCCUUGCUAUGACUGCUUUCCUGAAGGGCAUCACAGCUGCUGUCAUAAUCAAUGGUUCUGUGGCUGCUGUCGGGGGAACCAUGUAUUACAAGGGUGAGAGUGUUCCCCCUGUGACUGUCUUGAAAGAUCAAUUCAAAAUGACUGAAGAUGGCUUCAUAGAUAUUGUGGAUGCCCUGCAAAGCCCGUUAGAAGAAACGAAGAGCUUCAUUCCUGUGGAAAGGUCCAACACCACCUUCCUGUUCCUUGUAGGGCAGGAUGACCGCAACUGGAAGAGCGAGUUCUAUGCCAACGAGGCCUCCAAGCGCCUGCAGGCCCACGGGAAGGAAAAGCCCCAGAUCAUCUGCUACCCGGGAGCGGGGCACUACAUUGAGCCCCCUUACUUCCCCUUGUGCAGAGCUGGCAUGCACAUGUUGGUGGGAGGUAAUAUCCUCUUUGGAGGGGAGCCUGCGGCUCAUGCCUCGGCCCAGGUGGAUGCGUGGAAGCAAAUCCAGAGCUUCUUCCACAAACACUUGGGUGGUGAGAGUUGAGGAUGAGGUGCUGAGUUAAAAAUACAACCUAUUAGCCAGG